AUCAGUUGAAUUUACGACCACGCAUCGGUCGGUCACACUUGAGCACCAUAUAAAAAAUUUCGUCUGGCGAGGCAAAAGAAAGAGUGAAAAGAAGAAAAUUAAGGGGUUUAUCAAGUAUACCCAGCAAAUUUAGCUUUAACGCACAUUCGAAACUCUUGAAGCAUCUCAGCCUAACCAUGACGUGGGAACCGCAGGCAGAAGGACUGCAGCAGAUCAUAUCGAUCUUGAAAGAAUCUCAGUCACCCGACACAGCGACUCAAAUGGCAGUGCAAAUGAAAUUGGAGGAAUUCAAUCGCUAUCCAGACUUCAACAAUUAUCUGAUCUAUGUGCUGACCAAAUUGAAAACAGAAGAUGAACCCACACGCUCCCUUAGCGGCCUGAUCCUGAAGAACAACAUACGUAUGCAUGGCAGUACCCUGCAACCGGAGAUUGUCGAGUACAUUAAACACGAAUGCCUGCAGGCUGUUGGCGAUGCUUCACCCCUGAUCCGUGCCACCGUUGGCAUCCUGAUCACAACCAUAGCCAGCAAUGGUGGGCUACAGAAUUGGCCACAAUUGCUGCCCUCGCUAUGCGACAUGCUCGACAAUCAGGACUACAAUGUGUGUGAGGGUGCGUUUAGUGCACUGCAAAAGAUUUGCGAAGAUUCCGCUGAGAUUCUGGAUUCGGCAGCACUCAACAGGCCUCUGAAUGUGAUGAUACCAAAGUUCUUGCAGUACUUUAAGCACAACAGCCCCAAGAUUCGCUCGCAUGCCAUCGCGUGCAUCAAUCAAUUCAUUAUCAAUCGAUCGCAGGCGUUGAUGCUGCAUAUUGAUGCAUUCAUUGAGAAUCUGUUCAAUCUGUCGUCUGACGAAGAUCACGAGGUGCGCAAGAAUGUCUGUCAUGGUCUGGUCAUGUUGCUUGAGGUGCGCAUGGAUCGCUUGAUGCCGCACAUGUCGCAGAUUAUCGAGUAUAUGCUGCUGCGGACUCAGGACUCAGAUGAGGGCGUCGCUCUCGAGGCUUCGGAGUUUUGGUUGUCACUUGCCGAGCAAAGUAUUUGCAAAGAUGUGCUUGCUCCUUACCUGCCACAAUUGGCCCCAGUUUUGGUGCGUGGCAUGCGCUACUCGGAAAUUGAUAUUAUACUGCUCAAGGGCAAUGUGGAGGAGGACGAUAUGGUGCCGGAUCGCGAAGAGGAUAUACGUCCGCGUUUCCACAAAUCUCGCACACACACCAUCAAAAGCGGCGAGGCAAAUCAAGCGGCUGGCGGCGAAGAUGAUGACGAUGAGUUCGACGAUGGCCUCGACGAUGAUAGCUCUCUAUCGGAAUGGAACUUGCGCAAAUGUAGCGCUGCCGCCCUUGAUGUGCUGGCCAACGUUUUCCGCGAGGACUCGCUGCCCAUUGUGCUGCCUAUAUUGAAGGACACACUGUUCCAUCAGGAAUGGGUCAUCAAGGAGAGCGGCGUUCUGGCUCUGGGCGCCAUUGCCGAGGGCUGCAUGGAGGGCAUGAUUCCACAUUUGCCCGAAUUGAUACCCUAUCUGAUUAGCUGUUUGUCGGACAAGAAAGCCCUGGUUCGCUCCAUCACCUGUUGGACGCUGUCGCGUUAUGCCAACUGGGUGGUCAAUCAGCCACAUGAUCAAUACCUCAAACCGCUGAUGGAGGAGCUGUUGAAGCGCAUUUUGGACUCAAAUAAGCGUGUCCAGGAGGCAGCGUGCUCGGCAUUUGCCACACUCGAGGAGGAGGCAUGCACCGAACUGGUGCCGUACUUGGAGUACAUAUUGAAAACACUGGUGUUUGCCUUCUCCAAGUAUCAGCACAAGAAUCUGUUGAUUUUGUACGAUGCCGUUGGCACAUUGGCCGAUUCGGUGGGUCAUCAUUUGAAUAAGCCGCAAUAUAUUGAUAUUUUGAUGCCGCCGCUAAUUGAAAAGUGGAAUUUGCUGAAAGACGAUGACAAGGAUCUGUUUCCGCUGCUCGAAUGUCUGUCCAGCAUUGCCACAGCGCUGCAAUCGGGUUUUCUGCCCUACUGCGAUCCCGUCUACAGAAGAUGCAUAUCGCUCAUCGAGCAAACAAUCAACCAGGAAAUGCUCUGCAAGCAGAAUCACACAUUCGAUCAUCCCGAUAAGGAGCGCAUGAUUGUUGCCCUGGAUCUGUUGUCCGGCCUGGCUGAGGGUCUGGAUCGACAUAUCGAGACCCUGGUGGCUAACAGCAACAUUAUGCAUCUGCUUUAUCAGUGCAUGCAGGAUGUGCUGCCCGAGGUGCGUCAAUCAUCGUUUGCUUUGCUGGGCGAUUUGACCAAGGCCUGUUUUCCGCAUGUGCAUCCGUUUAUGGCUGAAUUCUUUCCGAUAUUGGGUCAAAAUUUGAAUCCUGAUUUCAUUUCGGUGUGCAACAAUGCGACUUGGGCCAUUGGCGAGAUUUGCAUGAAAUUGGGUGAGGAAACCAAGCAGUACAUACAUCUUGUACUAACCGAUCUCUUCAUCAUCAUCAAUCGCCCGAAUACACCAAAAACGCUGCUGGAGAAUACAGCAAUAACAAUCGGUCGUCUAGGUUAUGUGUGCCCAGUUGAAGUGGCUCCUUAUUUGCCCGAAUUUGUACGACAGUGGUGCACAUCGCUGCGUCACAUACGAGAUAAUGACGAAAAGGAUUCGGCCUUUAGGGGAAUGUGUCACAUGAUCACUGUAAAUCCAGCUGGCGUAGUGCCCGAUUUCAUAUUCUUCUGCGAUGCGAUUGCCUCAUGGGUUAGUCCGCCCCAGGAUCUGCAUCAGAUGAUCCAAAAGAUCCUCCACGGCUUCAAGACACAAGUGGGAGAGGAGAACUGGCGUCGAUUUGUGGAACAAUUCCCGUCAUCUCUGGCCGAGCGUCUGGUUACCAUGUAUCAAAUCUAAGAGGUGGAAAUAUAAACACAACAACAACAAGAAUAAGAGCAAGAACAACAACAACAACUACAACAUCCACACAUAAGCAAACUUAUUAACUAGACAAUUAUGUUCAAGUAUGCGAGUAAGCGUGUCGUCGUCUUUAAACUUUAGAGUAAGCACAGUAGCAGACCGAUGUUAGACAUAUAUAUAUAUAUAUUAGCUGAUUCGAUGCACAUUCGAAUGUUUCUUAAACUUUACAUUUACAAACAAUUUGAAAAUUCAACUUAUAAAGUCAAACUAUACACAUAUACACACACAAAAACACAAACACAUAUACACCACACACACACACACAUACACAUUUACAUAUAUAUAGAGAUACAUUUAACCGAUGCAAACUAUAGCUAUAUAACGCUGAACUAUUAGGGUUCGUUCUGUUGAAUCUGGAUUUGAAGCAUUGUCUGUCCGUUUCUAUAGAAUCGUAAAGUAGAAUCCAAGUAAAAAUAAUAAUAAUAAUUUACAUGUGUGUUCCGGCCGUACUUAACCGGAUCCAGUGCUAUAUAUGAAUAGAUAACACAAGCCAAAACAAAACCAUAAUACUACAACUAUAUUACAUACUAUAUCUCCACACUAAUAUCCACACACAAAACACACACACUGAAUACCAAUCCAACACACACCAGUUGAAUAUGCUGAUAUAUACUGUGUUUACUUACGGCUAAUUAUUGGUAAUUAUAAUUUCUAAUUUAUAACUGAUAUUGCGGUUCGUCUCGCGUUAACUUUAGUCUGAUAUAAUAGAAUGAAAGUAAUUCAAAGCAAACAAAUCGGUAAUCAAAACAAACAAAAGUCGUUGGGUUUCUUAUUGUGAAAUUUGCAAAUCAAAAUCGUAUCAGAAUCACAUUGAAAAUCAUCGGACCACCAGAAGCAACUAAAACAAAUAUUUUAUAUCAACAAAGACUGAUAAAUCAAAUGAAAAACUCUCCGUUCAAUUCCAUGCAAUGAAUGAAUCAUCAAGCGAAUCAAAGCAAAUUUCACAACAAUAAUAAAGAAACAAAAAGCCCAACACUUUCUAUAAUAAACGAAUAAAAAUCGCGUCUCGGGUUCUAACGGUUUCGCGUUCGCGUAUUAUCGUCGCUCGUUCGUUCGUAUCGUAUAUCGUAAUUCGUAAAUCGUCGGGUAAUAAAACAAACAAAAAAACGUAUAAACAAUAAUAAUAGUGCAACUGUUACUGAUACAAAUUUACUUAUAUAAUGUAUACGAGACAUGAUAUUUAUAUGCUAUACAGAUUAGAUUGUUUUUUUUUUUUUAAAUACUUUUGUUUUUAUAGGUUUUGUUAUAAAUACAACAAAAAGUUUACGAUAAAACAAAUUUAAAUUGAGAUUAGAAUUCCGUUGAAAUAUGCUAUUAUGCUAAAUAAUGUAAUCAUAUUUAUUUUGUGUAAAAUUAUAAAAAUGAAACACAACAAUAACAACAACAACAUAGCAACCCAUUGACUGAUCACUUUUUUAAAGUAUUAUAUAAUUUUGUAUAGGAGCAUGUUUAAUUUUUUUUCCUGACUUUUUGUAUACUUAGUUGUUACCUUUCAUAUUAUUUAUCUUGUUGUUUGUACAGAACAAAUUUUUAACGAUUAGGUGUAAAGGAAAACAAAAGUCUUUGAAAUUGUCGCGGAUCAAACAAAAGAAAAAACAAACUAAACUAAACUAAUAUAUAAAACGUAUAACAAAAAGAAAA